CCCCACGAGCAUUCCAACCAACUUCUCGUGCGCCGGACGGUCUCUCUUCCCUUUGCGGGCGAGGAGAGAGGAGAGUGAACACUCGUCGGAGAUUCUCGCCCUCUCGAUUGUCGUGGCUUCUGGACGUUCAGUCGCGACCGAGCGCUGGCCUUCAAUUCCAGUCGAUCGGAUCACCGUUACUUUCGAGUGCAGUAAUCGAGACGGAAUCUGGAUCGAGUAAUUUUAACGAGAGAGUGACAGGAAAUCGUCAUGGCCUCCUUGUCGCAGCCGGCGGGACCGACCGGAUUGUAUCCUUCGGUUCCGACGUACGAUGAUGUGAAGAAAAAGGAGCGGCAUCGGGCCAUGGAAGAUUAUGGCCAUCGACCGGACGUCUACGACAUGCUCUUCCGCUUCUUGAACGAUCUUCUAACAGCACAGCCCAAAGAUCCCUUAGAGUUUAUGCUGAAGUGGGCUUCAUUAGAGGCGAAGAAUCCGAACAAAUUGGGACCUCCGCUGAAAGUAGAUCUUUCAGGGAACAAAUACAGUCUUAACGUGGACCUUGGAAAACGAGAACAAGUUGAUCAAGCAAGCAGAGAGAAGCGGCCAAAAUAGGCUGUAGUUGUGGCAACCGACUGGAAUGGAGACAUCGUAAUUAAUGAACGACCUAUAGGACAAAUUGGGAAAUCAGUGGUAAGUCCCAGAUCAAGCUUAGAAAUUCUCAUUCUCAUCUCAUUGAAAGCCGUCUGAGACUGGACUGGUCUGCAGUCUGAACAUAACGAAUGGUACUAGCUGAAUCCAGUCUGUGUGACAGUCACCAUGACUUGAGAUCCUAUCAAAGUUAUAGCAAAUGAACAAAUUGCUUUUGGUCUGCAGGUCACAGAUUAAGACAUGAUUAUCGAUGUUCGAGAGAGAUAUUUGUAUAAAAUACACCUAUCCACAUGUCAGCACAGUCGUGGCUGGACAGAUGAACAUGGAUCUGUCACGGGUGCACUAAUUCACUCGAUGGUCGUCUCUUUAGCAUGAUAAUUGUAACAGCCAUUUGUUUAUACAUGAAACCUUGACCUACAUAAUUCCUUGCUGUGCAAAAAGAAGAUGUUCUGUUUCCGAUGUGACCUUAAAUCCCUCGGCUACACAAGAGAAGAACUAGGAACUGCUAUUUGUGGCGAAUAAUUUUAGCAUCUGACGAAUCGAGAACUGUCAUGAAGUUUCACAAAAGUGUGUGUCACCCUAAACUGCCACUUAUAUAAUCAUGCCUUCAUUUAAUUAAAGGAUGGUAGAUUUUGAAUCACAUUAGCCUCCUCUAAGACUGAACCAAGUUACAUAGCAAAAAGGAUUCCAUCAAGUUGUACAUGGAUGAAACCAGCUGGGUAGCAUGGGCUAGGCCCAACAGUAUCACAAUAGUGGUUGAUCACUGUGUGUCAAAAUGUCUAAUACAUUAGCAUAUCAAGCGUGACAAAUCUUACUCUCCUUGAGGAUUGCAAUCCUUUGUGAUUUCUCUCGAGGUUUGAAUACAUGUAUCAUAAAAU